AUUUAUUUAAAUAACCAUCAUGAGUUCCCCUCCGAGCAUGAAGAAGAUCGUUGAGAUGCCUUCAGACGAAGAGUCUGAUAACCCAAAGAAAGACAUUUUAAAGAAACCACUUGGUGAUAAUUCAAUGGCCAGACUUUCUGAAGAAGAACAAAUCGGUCAAGGAGACUCGGCCAAAGAUUACCAAUAUGAAUUCAUCAUGCAUGUCUGAAAGCCAUAUAAAUAAAAUCGUUUACUUCUUGAUCAAGAACGGGUAUGUCAGAGAGAGGACGCCGUUCUGUAAACAUGGAAUCAGGUCUUGCCACCUCAACUCGCUCGAAGCGUUUUGCACCAACUUCUUUUAUGGAUUCAUGACCAAGGCAGUGAUUAAUAUCCUCCUUGGAUUGAUGAGUCCCAGGAAGAAGCUGGUCAACAACAUCAUUGACUUAUUCUCAGCCGACUGCAUGAGCUUUUGCACAUUCUUGGGAGCCCUGAGCGGCCUCUACAAGUUCUCGAUGUGCACGCUCAGGAGAAUCAGAGGUAAAGACGACGAACUAAAUUCCUUAAUUUCUGGGGCUCUUGCCGCACUUUCGAUGAUGCUCGACAGCUCGAAGUCACGGAAGAAGUUCAUCCUGAUGUACUUGUUCUGCAGAUCGCUAGAAAUGCUGGUCAACGUGCUGGACAAGAAGAAGCUUAUUAAGAAAAUCAAGUACUUCGAAUGCUACAUGUUCGGGCCCACACUUGGCUAUUUGUUCUACGCCUACAUGUACGAGACGGAAUGUUUCCCUAAGGGAAUAGAUAAAGCGUUUUUGUCGACCAGCAAGCCCACCAACAGGGAGUACUCCAUGUUUGAAGAUAUCUUCCAAAGACAAGGAAAAAUCUACUUCCCAGGUGCAGCCAAGAAGAUUAGACUCUAAUCUUAUUAGUUUUAGGUUUAAAAGUGCUUA